CAUUGUGCAUUAAAAUGUUUAGCGAAUUGCAAAUCACUAUAUUCCAAUCAAUUCGCCGUCGAAAUGAGGUUCACUGGUUGGAUUGGUUUUUCUGUUUCCAUUACAUUUCAUUUGAUUACAUUUUGUCAUGCGGAGACGAUGAAUGUAGUUGAAAAAUUGGACGCUAUUUAUGAGCAGUCAGAAAAUGUGCUUUCCAGCUUAAAGGAGGCACUUUUGCAAUCCCAAACUAAUGACAGCUCACAUACAAACCCAAAGGUAUUUCCCACUUCCUGUCUAAAUUUCGGAGCUUAUGAAAACGGUGUGUAUACCCUGGAAGUCCCAGGCUUGAGUCCAUUUCAAGUGUACUGCGAAAAUAAACUAGCUGGUCCCGGAUGGAUUGUGAUCCAGAGAAGAUUUAGUGGAAACCUUAGCUUCUUUCGUAAUUGGAAGGAGUACAAGAACGGAUUUGGAGACCUUAUGGACGAGUAUUUUCUUGGUCUCGAAAAGAUUCGUGCCUUGACUGCUUUGGAGCCCCACGAAUUGUAUAUCCAUCUGGAGGAUUUUGAUGACACAAUAAAACACGCAAAGUUCGAUGAGUUUGCGAUUGGAAACGAAGAGGAUGACUACGCUAUGAAUGCACUGGGAAAGUAUUCCGGUACUGCGGGUGAUUCCCUUCGAUCGCAUCGUAAAAUGAAGUUUUCCACCUACGACAGGGACAACGAUCUUGAGUUUAAUAGGAACUGUGCGUUCUACUAUCUCGGGGGAUGGUGGUACAAUGCCUGUCUGGAUAGCAACCUCAAUGGCCAGUAUAUGCCCGGUGGCAAAUACGAGGAGAAAUUGUUUGCCAGGGGCAUGUGCUGGCGUUCUUGGCGUGGCCACAACUAUGGAUACAGAAUCACCCAAAUGUUGAUAAGACCCAAGUGCCGAAAUGUACCCGUGAUUCACCACUGACACUUGACAAGGCGUUUCCACAAAAUAUUAUACUCGUUUGCUGUUUACUCCCUUUGGUUUAAUGGCUUCAAGAUCAACGUGAAAACAUUUUGUUAUGUACUUGAUUAAUAUGCAAAAUGUGUUGUCAUUGAAUCAUCACAGUUUUGCCGAGCACAUUAAUCGGAAUCUCAAACAGGAACGCAAAAUAUACUGUAGUGUUCAAUGAAA